UGCUUAAAUUCUGAUUCUAGACACUGAAAAACACUUAAAUAUUCAUAUUUAGUUCAUAAAGUUUGCUUUGAUCUGAUUUAUGACGAUAAGUAUGAUUUAAUUCAUUUCAUGAACAAAAGAUGGCAGCACUUUGAUUAACCCGAAAGUAAACUGUAUUAUUAUUUGUAAGAGGCACAGUAGUGAAUGUUAACUUGUUUAUUACAGCUGUAACAACUAUAUUUGUGUAUGACUCAGUUGGAAAAUGGCAUCAAAACAGUGUAAAAAUGAUGUUGAUUCAUUUUGUUUUAUUUGCGGUGAAUUUAUUAAAGUUAGAAGUAAAAAAUUCGCUUUAUUAACAAAUUUAAAACUUUGCGAAGCCUAUGAAGCCUAUUUUAACCUGAAAAUCAGUAAUCAAAAUGAAAAUUGGGUGCCUCACUUCGCCUGCGUUAGUUGUAAAAAUACUUUAGAAGCUUGGUAUCGAGGAGAAAAUCGACACAUGAAGUUUGCGAUGCCAAGGAUUUGGAGGGAACCUAGUGAUCACGUCCAUGACUGUUAUUUUUGUAUGGUUAAUCCAAGUAAGCGUCGAUCUGGUAAAAAUGCAGAAAAGAUUUUUUAUCCUGAUCUUCCUUCAACAUCAUCUCCGAUACCUCACGACGAAAAUUUGCCUGUGCCGGCACGUUCAGGAUUAGAUAGCUUUGAAGUUCAAGCGUCAAAAAGUUCAAUAGGAUCCAGUGCACCACUAACCAACACUGAUGGUAGUGAUUUCAUGACAAAAUCGCAAAGUUUUGGGCCACAUUUUAUUAGCUCAAGUGAAUUUAAUGAUUUAGUACGAGACCUGAACUUAUCCAAGAAUAAAGCAGAGAUUCUAGGUUCACGACUAAAGCAAUGGAACUUGCUUGAAGAUGGUGUAAAAAUAACUGAUCAAAGAGAGCGCCAUAAAACUUUUUCAUGUUUUUUUACAAAAGAAGCCGGUAUUUGUUACUGCAACAACGUGACUGAUUUGUUUAAUGAAAUCGGAAUACCAUUUGUAGCAUCUGACUGGCGGCUUUUUAUCGAUAGCUCUUCAAAAAGCUUAAAAGCAGUUCUGCUCCACAAUGGAAACGAAUUGCCUAGUCUUCCUCUAGCACACUCUGUAUUGUUAAAAGAAAGCUAUGAUAGUGUGAAAAUCAUACUAGAAAAAUUAAAAUACACAGAAUACCAAUGGCCAGUGAUCGGUGAUUUUAAAAUGGUUGGUUUCUUGAUGGGAAUGCAAGGUGGAUAUACUAAAUACCCAUGUCACCUUUGUUUAUGGGACAGCAGAGCUGACUCAGUUCAUUAUCAACAGCGUAAAUGGCCUGAUCGCGUCGAAUUUCAGAUUGGGAAACAUAACGUAAAGUCGGAACCAAUCGUAAAGCCUCAAAGCAUAUUAAUGCCACCGUUACAUAUAAAAUUAGGGCUAAUGAAGCAAUUCGUAAAAGCUCUGGAUCCAAGCUCUAAAGCUUUCGAAUAUUUAAGGGGAUUUUUUCUCAAAUUAUCUGAAGCUAAAGUUAAAGGAGGUAUUUUCGUUGGACCGCAAAUAAAACAAAUAAUGAAGAGUGAUGACUUUACGAAGCUUCUCAAUGCUCGUGAAAAACCAGCCUGGGAAAGUUUUAAAGCAGUAGUUGAUGGAUUUCUUGGGAAUCAUAGAGCUAUUAACUAUGCAGAAUUGAUUGAAAAAAUGCUUGAAAGCUUUAAAGUUAUGGGCUGCAGAAUGUCUCAUAAACUUCAUAUGCUACAUUCUCAUCUGGACGAAUUUAAAGACAACAUGGGGGCCUACUCCGAGGAACAAGGAGAACGUUUUCACCAAGAUGUGAUGGACUUUGAACGGCGAUAUCAAGGGCAGUACAACGAGAAUAUGAUGGGAGAUUACAUUUGGGGCUUAGUACGAGAGAGCUCAUACGAGCAUAAAAGAAAUACGAAAAAUAUUCACUUUUAGACAUUAAUUU